AUGGCGGAUGCCAUGUGCGCUGGGGCCGGGGAGAGAGAGUGCGCCCUCGCAGGGAGUAGAGCAACAAACUGGGUCUCUGGACAAGAGCCCAAGGGGCCAGAAGAACUCAAGCUCCUCACACUAGACACCGCAACCCCACAAGCGACUACUUACCAGCCCACUACACGGAACUCGCCACAGGCGAACAGCGGAGGAGGCCUAGCCCAAGCCACAAGGGCAGCGGAACCAGCCCACACCGCACCCGACCUUCCACCGCCAGAGACUGCCAACCUCGCCACAGACCAAGGAACUCCCACAGCAAGGCCGACAACAUUCAUCGGCGGCCAUAACAGCGGUCUCAUCCAGCAACCAACUGUAUCACACAGUGCCCAAACAUCCGUCCUGACAGGCGCUCACCUCGGGAAGUCCAGAAGAGGUACCCAUGGCCAGCCGGAGAAGCAGCCCAAAAGGUACCAACGAGCAACACAGCAACACUCCCGGAGGGGCGCUGCUCGAACCCCCGCACCAGAGAACACUCGUUCCCGGCCGCACGGACCCGCCGAGCCGAAAAGCCCUGGAACGCAAACCAACCCAAGAACUCUAUUCCAGCCAGGGUGA